CGAGACAGGCAAUCCAAUUCUUUGAGUGGUCAAGCCGUGCCUGCUCGACAUGCACCCAGGUCGCUGUCAUGGCCUGUGGCUUGUGGAGGACCCUGCUGGCCCCGCAAGCCCCGGCAAGGGCCAGAACAAUGCGUGACAGAUGCGCACACGCAGCCAGCCACUGUGGCAGAAAUUUAAGGAAAGGCACAUUUAAGGUUCGUCUGGCCCGAGGAGAUGCAACAUGCGUGGCCCGGACAGGGUGCUGCCCAGACCCACUUGCCGGUCCAGUCUCGCCUCCACUUAGGAUCGUGGGAGGUGCGUCACCGAGAAGAUAUCUCGUCGCACGCUCUCUCCACCGACGAUGGACGGCGACAGGCUGUUGAAGGAGGCCCUUGCGGACGGCCAGGAGAUCAGCUCCGGCAAGCCCACGCUGCAGCAGCUGGCGCGCCAGCGGCUGCCCAUCACCGUGCCAUGGAGCCCCGGGCUGGACGUCUACCCCGGCCAGACGUUCCACUCGCGCCUGUACCGGACCGCGGACCCCUGGGCGAAGCGGUCGCCGUUCGAGGGCUGGUCUGGCGAGCACGGCGCACCGCUUGCCUGCGGCCAGGGCGGGCAGAUGGUCUAUCUCUGCGCCGACGGCGGCACCACGGGCACGUUUAGGUCCGCAAAGACGCAGUCGACUGUAGUGAAAGAGGACCACGAGAGCUACGGGUUCUCGGCCACCGUCGAUCUGGGCUUCUGCAACGCCUCGGGCUCCCUCCAGUACGACCGCAACAUCUCCACCAACAACGAUGACAUCAAGACAUCCGUGCGGUCCAGCUACCGGUGCGGGUCCAUCCUCAUGCGCACAGCCCCCGCGCUCAGCCAGGAGGCGGGCCUUGCACUCAAGUACGGCGACGGCAUCGACGAGUUCGAAGAGCGCUUUGGCGACUACGUCCUCUUUGGCUUCAACCUGGGCGCCGACAAUGCCAUGAUGGUCUCCACCAGCGCGGCGUCGCUCAGCACCCAGGAGCGCAAGUCGCUCACGGUGAAGGCGACCGCCUUACUCUUUGAUGUCGAGUACACCGAGCACUUUGACUCGAGCUCGUACGCGGCGACGAGCGCCCUGUCGAUCAACGGCUACGACACCCUGGCGGGCACGACGCUGAACCAGUCGACCAGCUGGAAGAGCUCGGCCUCGGUGGAGUUUGACGAGGUGCAGAGGAAGACGAAGUCCAUGCGCCUCCUGGGCGACACGCUCCCCAGCCGUGUGGAAGCCAAGGCCAGGGAGGCGGGGCUCCCCCUUGGGCGCAACAAUGCCGAGGGAGAUGACGACGCAGCGGGAAGAGGACUCGUCGACUUUGCACCCAUCGCCGGGCUCGAGACAGCGGUGGACCGGGACACGUGUCGCAGGCUCUUUGCGAGCGGCUUGGUCGUCGAGGUCGUCUUGAUGCCCUGCCGGUCGCUGCGGAGCGUGCAGAAGUGGAUGUGCUCCGACGAUGUGAUUUGAAGUGCUCGAACGAGCGAAGAGUAAGUCCGGCAAACGCACGACGUCGCACGGGCACACGAACGCGGGACUGUCUUUGUACUGUACAA